GUUACUAUAGACUACACACACUCACACACACACACACCUAUACUUUGGAAGUGCGCGUUUAGGACGUGGAUCGACAGUCCAACUCGCGCGUCAUGUGUCUACGUGGUUCAUGCAAAACGCCUGUUGUGAAUGGAUUCGCAUCAUCCCAGGGUCGUUUAUGAAUGAAGUGUUUUUCGUAUAAGGGAGAAACAAGGACAGGUUUGGCGGCGAAGCACUGCUGGUGAACCCGCGCGCACCGGAGCGCAUAGUUGACUGACGUUUUUUUUGUCAGUUACUUUUCGGCCGUCAACUUGUCUCUGUGCCUCGGUCCUUUUGCGAAGCGCUCUCAGGAAACUGCUGAAUCGGCUGAAAUGGAUAUGUCUAAACGAAUGCUGAUUUUAUGCCUAACCUGCUCGUUAGGACCUAUGCUGUCUGUCCAGAUGUGUGAGGUCAUGUGGGAGCUGGAAGCGGAGAAAAGAGAAUGUUUGUCCAAGCUGGAAAACAUCACAUCAGGUGCAGGAGGACGCGAAGGAGAGCUCGGUUCGGUGUUGCUGUCCGCGAGACGCGGCUCUCUGCGUGGACUCAGUUGCAAAGGUGAAUGGGAUCUAGCAUGCUGGCCAUCAGCUAGGAUUGGGGAGUUGGUCACCAUCCCCUGUCCGAAUUACUUCAGCCAUGUCAGUGAUCAGAGAGGAAACAUAUCGAAGAGCUGUACUGCCAAUGGCUGGACAGAAAUAAACCCAGUUGUCGUUGCAUAUAACUGUGGCUAUGACCCCAAUAUCACAGAGGAUGGAAAUAUGGGUGAAUUCCUGGGCUCUGUGAGAAUUGGAUACACUAUUGGUCACACUGUGUCUCUUAUAUCCCUCAUCAUCGCCAUCAUCAUUCUGUGCUUUUUCAGAAAACUCUACUGCACAAGGAACUACAUCCAUAUUCACCUGUUCAUGUCCUUUAUACUGAAGGCUGUGGCUGUAAUUAUGAAGGAUGUAGUCCUGUAUGAGGUGGAGGAACCUGAUGACUGCUACUAUGGAUCUGUGGGCUGCAAGGCUGCCUUGGUUUUCUUCCAGUAUGGCGUGAUGGCCAGUUUCUUCUGGUUACUGGUGGAGGGUCUGUAUCUGCAUGCUCUCCUGGCCGUAUCCUUCUUCUCUGAGAGGAAGUACUUCUGGUGGUACAUUCUCAUUGGCUGGGGAGUUCCAGGUGUCUUCAUAACAAUCUGGAGCAUCACAAAAGCUUAUUUACAUGAUAUUGGAUGUUGGGAUUUUAUUGACGAUGAUCUGUGGUGGAUUAUAAAAACCCCUACAUUGAUAACAAUACUGAUGAACUUCAUUCUCUUCAUUUGUAUCAUCCGGAUACUUCGUCAGAAAAUCAGUUGCCGGGAUAUUGGGAGAAAUGAGUCACACCAGUACUCGAGACUGGCAAAAUCAACUCUACUUUUGAUUCCCUUGUUUGGGAUAAACUACAUAAUCUUUGCUUUCAUACCUCAUCACAUCGAGUCUUAUGUGCGUCUGGUGUUUGACUUGAUCCUGGGGUCCUUUCAGGGAUUUUGUGUUGCAGUCCUUUACUGUUUUCUAAAUGGAGAGGUCCAGUCUGAGAUCAAACGAAAGUGGAGGCGGUGGCACAUGCAGAGAUUUCUGGGAGCUGACACCAAAUACCAGCAGCCCUCGAUGGCAAGCAACGGCCUCAACUUCAGCUCCCAAAUCACGAUGAUGACAAAAUGCAGCCCCUCCACACGCCGCGCUUCCGCCUGUCAAGAUGACUUCUCCACCGUCUGAGCACUGAGUGAUGCUCCGUCUAUGACAAGACACACAAACCAAUGAGUCUGUGCUCUACACGCACAGAAAGGCUGUCACCCAGACCACCUCCAUCAUCUGCAGGUUGCUGCUCCGCCAUCAUUCCUGUAGGAACUGUGCAUCUCACCACCGCUCAGUAGGAACGUGAGGGAAACCGUGCCGCUCAUGGUGACCGUUUGGCGUAUGAUGUAUCUUCAUAGCCAUUCUUUCAUACACAUCGAUCAGGAGAGAAAUAUGCAAGUAAAAUGGACUCCUUGACGUUUGAUUGUGUUUCACCAAACUACUGACUCAAGUGACGCCGUUUUUUUGUGCACAACAGCACAGACAUUAAGCUUCAGCAUUAGAGUUGGUAUCUGUCUUGUGUUUUUCUGUUUUUCCUUCCCUCAUUAAUCUGCUCAAGAUUUCUCAGUCUCUUAAUAAGCUGUAAAGCUGAACGGUGACCUUUUGGGUCUCUAGUGACCAGGUUUUAUUUUCAUCUUCUUCCUUAUUCCAGGAAAAAAGUAAUGUGAUUUAGACAGUCUGACAUUGUGUUUUUGCAUCCUCCCUAUUCGUGUCAUGUGCUUGCAUGUCUGUGUACAUGUGGACAAACACAAACGUCUCUCUUCGAGAGCCAUAAAAUGUAUGUUUUAUAAUAGUGAUUUAUAGUGUAAUUGUAUAGUUACAUGUGAAAAUUUACAUGGGUUGUGUAAAAACAAUUGCAAAAGAUGCUUUGUUAGGAGAUUGGUCUUUCUAAAGAGGAUUUUUAGUCUGAAAUCUUUUUAGCUGUCAUGAGUACAUGCGCAGUGUUAGUCAUAGUAGCUGGCAUGAAAAUGCUCCUGCAUGUUUGCAUGCACAGUUCUUGCACCUCAUUGUGAAUAAGAUGUACAUUUAAGAGAAAAUGUCAAUAGGAGUGUUGUUGCUGUUUUUGGAAAGUGUAUUGUGGAUGUUGUCAUAGAAAGUAUACUGAUCAAUUUUGUUACAUUAGAUCUUAGCAUGUCUUUUCUCUUUAUAUAAAAGUAUUUAUAUGCUGGUCAGAGAAAAUUAUAGAUUUUUAUAUUAAAUUAU